AUGUCAUCUUCCCCGCAUUCCCGACCCUUUAAGCGGUUGCUGGUCGCCAAUAGAGGUGAAAUCGCUGUGCGAAUACUCCAUUCGGCAAGAGAAUUGCCUAGUCCCGUCGAGACUUUUGCAUUGUACGCUUCGGACGACCGUUCACACUGUGACUUGGGGCACCCGCAUCAUGCAAUCCAAAUACCCUCUCCAUCAUCCUAUCUGGACAUUUCAUUGCUAGUAGACCUAGCUAGGAAGCACUCUAUUGACGCAGUGCAUCCGGGCUAUGGAUUCCUCAGCGAGAGCGCGGAGUUCGCACAGCGCAUGUGGACCGAAACGGGCGCAGUUGUGAUCGGGCCUGGGCCUGAGAAUCUUGCUCGGACAGGUGAUAAGCUCCAGGCAAAGCUACUUGCACAGCAAUGUGCAGUUCCUGUACUGGAAGCUAUGAGCCAGCCCACUUCUAAUGUGGACGAGGCGCGGGCUUUUGCCAGACGGGUCGGCUUUCCCGUUAUGGUCAAAGCCGUCGAUGGAGGAGGUGGGCGAGGAAUCCGCCUUGUACGCGAGGAAUCGGAAUUAGUUAAUAGCACUCAGCGUGCCAUUGGCGAGUCACCUUCACGGACUGUGUUCGUAGAGAAGGCUGCCGUCGAUGGGUUCCACCAUGUUGAGAUCCAGGUUAUCGGCGAUGGAACCGGUAAUGUACGCCACCUCUGGGAGAGAGACUGCAGUGUACAGCGACGAUUCCAGAAAGUUGUUGAGCUUGCACCGGCCCUAAUGCGUGACCGGGAUUUGGUCGCUCGAGUGAUCAACUCUGCAUUGAAGAUGGCUAGCAAAAUCCACUAUCGAUCGCUUGGUACUUUUGAAUUCUUGGUUAGCGAACAAAAGGGUGAAUUUUAUUUCUUGGAAGUCAACCCGCGUCUCCAGGUUGAGCAUACUAUCACCGAGGCCAUCAGCGGUAUUGAUCUAGUGCAGACGCAGCUCCUGUUGGCCCAAGGCUGGUCUUUCGAUGAUCUCGGCCUAGGGCCUAAGGUUAAUGCAACUGUGCCACCGCCAACUACCUUCUCGAUCCAGCUUCGUCUGUGUGCGGAGGAUACAAGCAACAACUUUGCUCUUAGCAUAGGCAAAGUGACAGAAUUCACAGUGCCUAGUGGACAAGGCAUCCGAGUGGACAGUCAUGUCAACUCUUCUGGUGGCUCUGGUCUUGUCGUGGGAUCAAACUUUGAUAAUCUUCUUGCUAAGAUCAUUGUCACUGCGUCAACAUGGGAAGCAACUGUCAGAAAGGCCCAGCGAGUCCUGUCUGAUUCUAAGAUAUCCGGCGUGAAAACUAACAUCAAUCUUCUGCGGGGUAUUGUGGCACAUCCCGACUUCACAGCUGGCAAGAUCGACACGCAAUGGCUAGGGAUGAAGCUCGACGAAGUGUAUCAGAUAGGAGAGCGCAUGUCGAAAACGCUCCAGAGUCAAGAAGGAUCUUUUGUUUCUUCACAACAGGCCAUGGCCCAGGGUGGACUGCCUUCGAAUCUGCUAUUGCGCAAAGGCGACGCAUGGUCUAUCACGCUGGAACCACUGGAUAAAUCGGCAGAAGAGGUCGCGCAUCAUUUGAAGCUCUCGCGGGUCUUCCGCAAUGAGUUCCCAUCCGCACUUGUCGCCGAAAUCGAGUAUACGACCCCCACAUCACAGACUGCCGUUCCAUAUCUCAUGCAGCUGGAGACGACCACAACCGCGGCUUCGGCUCUGGUUUCGUCCUCGCAUAGGCGUGGAGACCCCAACAACCCACGCCAUGUUAUUCUCCCACUAUCUGGGAAGCUCAUUGAAAUAUUGGUUGCUGAUGGAGACACCGUCGCCGAGAACCAGGUCUUGGCCUUUGUGAAGCAGAUGAAGAUGGAGCUGGAGGUACGCAGUCCUCACGCUGGCAAAGUGAAAUGGGUCCAUGAGAUGGAGGACGACGAGGAAGAUGUUGCCGAAGGCAUGCUGCUUGUUGAAUUGGAAGGCAGUGAUCAAGAGCAGCUACGGGGAAAGCUGUGA